CUAAUGCAUUCAAAAUCAUUUUAAACGAAAAAAAGUUUUUAUUAUAUUUUAUUAGAACCACAUGUAUAUAAAAUAUACAAUAUCCGGUACCAUUGUCUCCUAAUAAAAUCAAAAUUUAUUAAGUGGCAUCUCUGUAAGGAAAAUCGAACAAAGCUGCAUUACUUUCAAUUUCUGAACUGAAUUAUUUGUUUACGAUUUCUUACUUCUAACUAAAUAUUAAAUAUGUUGCAAAUGAAGAAUAGAUCUACACUAGACCUUAAAGAAUACACUGUAAUAAUACCAAGCAUAUGUGUGGGAAAUGCGGCGCAGCUAGCAUGCGAUUUGUUAAUUGCAUCCAAGAAGAUGCAGAGAGUGGCAAGUCUCAUGCACCCAGCAUUGAUUCCUGUCUUUGGACCAUCAGCUUACCAACAUGAGCCCGAGGAAAGAGUAGCUGCUUGUGAAAUUUAUGAAUGUGCCAGCAAUAAAUUGGUCGUUAUACAAUUUCGAACACCACUUAUAUCUCGUCAUGCACAAAGUUUGCAUAAUUACUUAGCUGACUUGGUGCAACAAGCCCGAAGAGUAGUGAUACUCAGUGCGAGUUUCGGAUUUGAAAAACGUGAAAUAGGAACUUCACCCUAUGAAUACUGUGUGUCUGAGCGAUUUCGUGAAAGUCAUAAUACGCAAUUAGCGAAUGUGAAAUGGAUGGAGUUUAAGGGCGAGAUGAUUUUUGGCGGUGGUAAUGGACUGCAGCUUUUCCGCUUAUUAAAAGAAAAGGAAGUGCCUGUUAUGCUAUUAUUUCGGUAUGUGUUGGAAGGCGAUAACUCGACGGAUGCUACACUUAUAGUCCGAGAGUUGAACGAUUUGUGCUCAAGCUUUUUACAAUUAGAGGCAGAGGAUAAAACGAUAAAGUUAACCGUUCCUGUGUCUUGGAAAUUACUAUUUGGGAACGAUGUUACUGCUUUCAUUUUCUAGGCUUUAAUAUUUUUUAAUAUUUGUGUUAAUAUUUUUAAUUGGUUUUGGUUAAAUACAUGGUGAUGUAUUUGCACUUGGCAUAUAUAAAUAAAGAUGUAACUUUUUCAAAUA